AUGCAAAUUGCAAUGUUUUCAGCUUUGAUUCUACUUGGUAUCGUUUUGCUACUUUCACUUUAUAUAAUCACCAAAACACUCAAAGAAAGACUGUUUCCAAAUCCUCAUCUUCCACCAGGAAGCCUAGGAUGGCCCCUCAUUGGCGAAACUUUAGACUACUUGGGUACCGGUCUCGCAGGAGAACCUGAUAGGUUUGUAAGAGAUAGGAUGGAGAAACAUAAUCCCCAGGUUUUCAUGACUUCGCUUCUAGGAGAGUCAAUGGUUGUGUUUUGUGGACCAGCUGGGAACAAGUUCUUGUUCAGCAAUGAGAACAAGCUGGUCAACCUUUGGUGGCCAACUUCAGUGAAGAAGCUGUUGAAAUCAAGUUUGAUUAAUGUAGUUGGUGAUGAGGCUAAGAGGAUGAGGAAGAUACUCUUGACCUCUGUUGAUCCAGAUGCACUCAAGAGGUACAUAGACAGGAUGGAUUUGGCCACACAACACCAUAUUAGAACACACUGGGAAGGAAAACAGGAGCUGAGAGUCCAUCCAACUGUCAACUUAUACACAUUCGCGCUGUCUUGCCGCCUGUUUAUUAGCAUUGAUGACCCUGUGCACAUUUCAAAGCUUGCACAUCAAUUUGAUGUCUUUCUCAAAGGAGUAAUUCAUUUCCCAGUCAACAUUCCGGGCACAAGAUUUCACCAUGCUUCGAAAGCUGCUGAUGCAAUCAAGGAAGAGCUUCGGUCGAUUGCUAGACAUAGAAGAGCAGCUCUGGACCAGAAAAUAGUGUCACCCACACAAGAUCUUCUGUCACAUUUGCUUGUGACUGCAGAUGCAAGUGGAAAAUUCCUGUCCGAGUCCGAGAUUGUUGACAACAUACUUUUGUUGCUCUUUGCUAGUCAUGACACAACUACAUCAGUGAUAACAUGUGUCAUGAAGUAUCUAGCAGAAUUGCCGGAAGUGUACAAAAUGGUUUUGAGAGAGCAGGUUGAUAUUGCCAAUUCUAAAGUAGGAGGAGAGUUUCUGAAAUGGGAGGAUAUUCAGAAAAUGAGAUACUCAUGGAAUGUGGUCUCUGAAGUUCUGAGGCUGAUGCCACCGAUACGCGGUGCUUUCAGAGAAGCUAUAGUUGAUUUUACCUAUGCAGGUUAUACAAUCCCAAAAGGAUGGAAGAUAUAUUGGAGUCCUGUGUCAACAAGUAAGGAUUCAACUCUCUUCCAAAAUGCAGAAGACUUUGAUGCUUCUAGGUACGAAGGAGCAGGACCUGCCCCAUAUUCAUAUGUUCCAUUUGGAGGGGGACCAAGGAUUUGCCUAGGAAAUGAAUAUGCUAGACCACAAAUACUUGUGUUCCUGCAUAACAUUGUGAAGAGAUUCAGCUGGGGUUUACUGACUUCUGAUGAGAAAGUUCCCUAUGAUCCCAUGCCUGCACCGUCCCAAGGUCUUCCGAUUCGACUUAAGCCACACCAGUCCUCAGCAUAA